AUGUUGGAAUUAACCUGCGCUGGCACUGCAGUGGCGGCCAAGACAGCAGGGGGCAGUCGCCUGCACUGGGAGCCUCCGUGCCAGCAGUCCCUGGCCAGCAGAGCGCCCAGCACUGCCCUGCUGCCCCCGCGCCUGGACGGACACUGGAUCUCCACUGGCUGCGAGGUGCGGCCUGGACCCGAGUUCCUCACCCGCGCCUACACCUUCUACCCCAGCCGCCUCUUCCGAGCCUACCAGUUCUACUACGAGGACCCCUCCUGCCGGGAGCCGGCCCACUCCCUGCUCAUCAAGGGCAAGGUCCGCCUGCGCAGGGCCUCCUGGGUCACGCAGGGCGCCAUGGAGGCCGACUACCACCUGCACAAAGUGGGCAUCGUCUUCCACAGCGGCCACGCCCUGCUCAGCGUCGCCGCGCGCCUCAACCAGACCCAGGCCGGCCGGGACUGCGCCCGGCGGCUGCCCCCCGCCCGGGCCUGGCUACCUGGGGCGCUGUACGGGCUGCUGACCGCCCGCGGGGAGCUGGACUGCACGGCCGCCCUGGGCUUCAGCAUGCACGAGCUCAGCCUGGUGCGCGUGCAGCGCCGCCUGCAGGCGCAGCCCCUCGCAGGGCCCCGGCUGGUGGAGGAGCUGUUCCUCGGGGACAUCCACACGGACCCGGCAGAGCGGCAGCACUACCGGCCCACCGGCUACCAGCACCCACUGCAGAGCGCCCUGCGCCACGCCCGCCCCUGCCCGGCCUGCGGCCUCAUCGCGCGCGCCGACGAGCACCACCCGCCCGUGCUGCCCGCGCGGGAGGCGCUGCCGCUGCGCCUGGGCGGCCGCUGGGUGAGCGCCGGCUGCGAGGCGCGCCCGGCCGUGCUGUUCCUCACGCGCCUCUUCACGUUCCGCGCGCGCGGCCGCGCCUGGGAGGGCCGCUACCACCACUUCUCCGACCCCGCCUGCCGCCGGCCCACCUUCUCCGUGGCCGCCGCCGGCCGCUACUCGCGCGGGGCGCCCUCGGCCGCGGUGCGGGGCGGCACGGAGCUGGCGUUCCGCGUGACGCGCGCCCGGGUGACGCCCCGCGACGCGGCCACCACGGCGCUGCUCAACGGGGCGGCGCCCGGCAGCUGCGGGGGCCCGGGGCGCUGGGCGCGGGGGGCCGAGCGGGACGUCACGGCCACCCGCGGGUGCCGGCCCCUGGGCCUCCGCCUGCCGCACGUGGAGUACGAGCUCUUCAAGGUGGAGCGCGACGCCCUGGGGCGCAGCCUGCUCUUCAUCGGGCAGAGGCCCACCGACGGCUCGAGCCCCGACACCCCGGAGCGGCGCCCCACCUCCUUCCAGGCGCCCCUGGUGCGGUCUCCUCCCCAGCAAAAUGAGCUUCCUCCUGAUGAGCCCGGAGCAUCCAGCCUGGCGCCGGCUGGGACUCGCACGUGA